AUGGCCCUGAGUAAUCCCAGCAGCCCGGACCCGGUCUACACCCCAGGUACGGCUCGGGGCGCCAAACUGGCAGCUCUGCUGGUGGACGCGGGGACUUCGCUGGUCAGGAAAAUAUUUGAAGCUGAAGUCCAGAAAAUGAACCCCCCAAGUCUUCGUCAGCAGCUAGAGAAGUAUAGGGGAUGCCUUUAUGACGGACACAAAGCCUGCGACAAGAAAGAUAAAAAGCACAAGAAACAUUUCAAGUUGUAUGGGGAACAGAAGAAGACACUGUAUCCAGACAAUGGUGUUUCUCCAGAUAAUACGCAGGGGUUCGACAUAACACUCUUAGAAUGCCUGAUGAAAGAACUGGUGUGGUUAGAACUCGGCAGGGAUGCACAGAAGUCGACCGAACGGGACAAACUCCGACGUUUCAGAAACGCCAAUUACGGACACAUCAAAAGCACGGACCUGUCUGAAGGAGAAUUUGACAGAUUGUGGAAUGAACUGACAGAAAUCCUGGUCGCUCUCGGCGGAAAAAGAGACAAGAUUGCAGAGAGGCGCAACCGUAGCAUCGACCCGGAGCUGGAAGUGAAGUACUUUAGCCUUUUGGAAAAACUGUACAAGGAAGACAUCAUCGCCUGUCUGAAGGACCAUUAUGCUACAGAGUAUGCGCAUGUGCGGCCUCUACCGUGGUGCGAAGACCUCAACCUGCAUCUUGGAGAAGUCUACACCAACCUGCAGCUCCAACAAAGGGACAAUAGGGGACACUUUAAGGACACUGGCACUAUCGUAAGCUUAGCUGAUAUUUACAUGGCAAAUGAAGGUGAAGAUAGUCACAUUAACAUCAGGUCAGCUGUCAGAAAGAUACGAGUAGAGGGGGACCCUGGUAUUGGGAAGUCGUGCUCUUGUCAGAAGCUUGCCUAUGAUUGGUCCUGUGGGGAACUGGAAAGGUUUAAGGUCGUGUUCUUUCUGGAAAUGCGACACUUAGUCGGAAACGUAAAGGAUGAAAUAGUUGAGCAGAAUCUGAUACCAAAAGACACAAAAACAACCAGGGACGAGCUUUGGUCUUAUGUUGAAGAGAACCAGGAUGAUGUACUUUUCAUCCUGGACGGUCUAGAUGAGCUCAGUCAGACAGCUAGGGAAGUCACAGAUGUGGUGGACUUGAUUCAGGGUAAAAUCCUCAGGAACUGUCAUGUCCUGGUGACCUCCAGGCCGUACCACUGUGUCGAAGACGUGGACAAAUGUCACCAGUUUUACAGAAUUGUAGGCUAUACUAAGGAAACUUCAGAAGAGUUCAUACACAAAUACUUUUGUAAUUCCCCAGAAUCUGCUUCUAAACUAGUGGAACUGAUUCAAAGUAACAGGAAUCUGUCAGAACUAGUGGUUAAUCCCCUCAACAAUGUGCUCAUUUGUGAAGUGUGGGAAGAAAACAACAGCAAAUUGCCCUCUAGCAAAGCUGAACUUUAUGAACUGAUUGUACUUUCAGUUGCAAAGCGAUUCUGUACAAAGAAAAGCCUUCCAAUGGAAGGUGAACAACUUCCUCCCGAAAUUGAAGAAGCCUUGCGAGGCCUGGGAAAGCUGUCAUGGGAGGGGCUAGAGCAGGAGCAGCUCCAGUUUAACAUAGCUGAGAUCACAAGGAAGUAUGGCACAACCGCCGAUAACAUGUUGAACAUGGGCCUCCUGACGAGAGAUUACUCUUUCUCAAAAAUCAAACGCACCUGCUUGUGCGCGUUCCUGCACAAAACGUUUCAAGAAUACAUGGCCGUCCGCUACAUCAGUGGCUUGGGCACGGAAAAGAGAAGCAGAGAAGAGGGGAUGACAUGUCUUCGUAGUUUGUUUGGCUUAACAAAGGCUUAUAACGUCAACUGGAAAAUGAUGAUCAGUGGUUUUGGGGCAAGUUUGACAAGGUUUAUUCGUAGUUUGUUUGGGUAUACAAAUGCUUCUGACAUCAACAGGGAGUUGAUCUUAAGUAGUCGCCGUAAAUACUGGGAGAUUCAAAACUGGUUACUUUUAAUCCUGGGUGAGAAGGCUGACCCUCUGUUUGACAUGUUUGCAGAGGAACUAAGGAAAGCCCAAACUGAUGAGGACAGAGCAGUUUUGUCUUUUGUGUGUAUCACGUGGCUUGGCAAAACUUCUGCAGGUGGUAAAAUGUCUGAGAUUGUGGCUCCUUUUCUGUCUCAGCACCUAACUAAUAACCUGGGUGGUUUGAGUGAUCAAUAUGAUGAUCAUUUUGAUUGGUUUGUAGGGUUGACACACGUACUGACCUGUCAAAAGAAACUCAGUGUGAGUAACAAUGCAAGGGUGGCACAGCAUCUGACAGUCGAUUGCGGUCAUAUAACUGCCAGUUCUUCAGAACAAGAGAAACUCGACUUGUUGGAAAACACAUUGUCAGAUUAUGGCAAGAUUCGCUCCGUGACAUUACUUGAGGCUGGCGGUGGUACGAGGCAAAGUUGCCAUAACUUCUCACUGCACACAUUCAUACCUCGGUGUGGAACAGAAAGUUUGUCCAUCUUUAUCAACCCCGGUUUUACAUUAUAUUUGUCACUGCGAAGCUCAUUGGAACAGCUUUCAGAGGCACCAAUGGUAGAGAAUAUCAGAAUCACAGUAGGUGGUGUCACGAGUGAUAUGUUUGGGCCUGAUGUAGACUUCUCAGAAUAUGACAGGUUGUUGGCUUAUAUGAUUAGCAGGCAGAACUCUCUUAGGUCCAUGAGACUAGAGAUAUUCGAGUGGCACCGUAACGAUCCUGACACCAGGGGCUUCGGUAACCUCACAGCGACCCUACAGAGCAUCUCCGAACAUGCAUGUCUCCAAAACGUUGAGUUAGAUCUUCCACGGAACGAUAUAUUGGCGAUGUCAUCAGACGUUAGAUUUGGGGUGUUUGGUAUGGUCAACAAAGUGCUAAUGGUGAAGUACAAAACACAUGAGACAUUCGAUGUUGAGCCAAUGGUGCACGAACUCACAGAAUGUAUAAAGAAGAACAAUGUCCUAAAGACACUAAGGCUGAGAUGGAAACUCUGGGAUAACCGAAAUAUAACCAAUAAAGUUUACCAUGGAGUCUGCAACAGUCAGUCCCUCUCCAACCUGUGUUCCGCGAUCCGGAGGAACCGGACUCUGGAGACGCUAGAGAUUGACGGGAUGUUGUCCGAGUCCCAGUCAGGACCACAGGCAGAGAUAGUUGCCAAGUUACUGAGUAAUAAACCUAGCAACUACAAGGAGCUCAAUAUAACUAUGUUUAGCCACACGUUCGUUGAGGAUUUUGUCAUGUUUCCGGCUUCUUGGACUGGGCAAUAAAACAUGUUUGAAAGCCAGUUGCCCAUCAUCAUAGAUGUAGAAGCUAAAACACAUAUAGUCACUCCAGCGAAAACAAAAUGUGACCUUUUUUUUAUUUAAAGUUCCCUUAACAUCAUUCUGGAGACCACUGGUCGCAUGUUAAACCGCUGCCAACACAGCAUACAUAAGUUAUGAAGUUUUUGGGACAGAGGUAGAUAUGUGUUCAGUCAAUUGCAAUUAGAUGUCUCCAUUGCAUCCAGUGUUAGAUUUCUGCAAACAUUUACGGUGUAUCAAGAUAUUUCCCCCAUUUGCAAGGGAACAAGACCUUUCAAAACUACCUACAUGUAUUUUUUUGACACUGAAAAAAAAGAAUGUUAGAUAUGACGAGGGCAC